AUGAAGACGAAAAACUGUAAAAAUCUAUCACUCUCAACUUUACGGCUAAGACCAACACUCGAGAAUUCGCGGCCGCGGUCACGGCGAGACAAAGAAGCAUUCAAUUCUGCCGUGCUCGUCGUGAUCGUGAUUUGCAUCUACGUCUCAUCCUUUGCAUGGUCAUGGGGGACGCUGGGAUGGCUCAUUCCCAGCGAGAUCUUCACACUGGAGACGCGGUCCGUCGGCCAGGGAAUCAAUGUGGCUGUCAACUUCCUCUUCACCUUCGUCAUUGCGCAAGCUUUCCUCGCAAUGCUAUGCCACAUGAUGUCCGUCUUGUUCUUCGCAGCUUGGGUGUUGGUCAUGUCCCUCUUCGUCUACUUCUUUCUUCCCGAGACCAAGAGUGUUCCCAUCGAGAAGAUGACCAGCGUUUGGAGGAGGCACUAG